AUGGCCCGUUUGGGUCAAGGUCAGGUCACUUGUGAAAGAACGGCCUUCCUCGCGCGAAGUCGUGCUCACCUGCUGCUCACGUUGUCCCGUCUCUUGGCUUUGACUAUUUUAUUUUCUGUUUCAUUUAGGAAAUACCUUGUAAGUAGGACAAAACAAGAGAAAAAAAAAAGAAGAGAACUCUCUGAAGGAACAGAAACAAGAAAAUUUAAAGAUGCUUUUGAGCUUAUUUGAUACAGGAAAGAUGAAGCAAAUAGGAUUAUCACGAAUUUAAAGGUGGGCAAUGAGAGCUUUGGGUUUGAUGUAAAAAAGCUGAUGUUGCUGAAGAUUCUAAAAGAUUAUGACAGAGAAAGCCACAGGGAAAAAAUCACCUUUGAAGAUUUUAAUUUAGUGACAGACUGGAUAUUGGAAAGAGAUCCACAUGAAGAAAUACUUAAGGCAUUUAAACUAUUUGAUGAUGAUGAUUCUGGCAAAAUAAGCUUGAGGAAUUUGCGACGUGUUGCCAGAGAAUUGGGUGAAAAUAUGAGCGAUGAAGAACUUCGGGCUAUGAUAGAAGAAUUUGAUAAAGAUGGGGAUGGAGAAAUAAAUCAAGAGGAGUUCAUUGCUAUUAUGACUGGUGACAUUUAAAGAAUUUCAAGGAUAAAUAAUAAGAAUGUUACAGUAACCAUCUUAUAUAUUCUAUUUUUGUGCCUGGAGCCAUUUAGAAAAGAAACCAACUUAGUUCUUUUUUUCCAAAACGACAAAAACUAAACAUCUUCUGUUUUUGUAUUUUACUACUGUUAAGUUUCUUUGUAUGAACAGUGUUGUUAGUA